AUGAAAUCGUUCAUAGUCUUCGCUGUCAUCGCCACCGUUAUUGCUGCCGCAAGCUGUGCCCCACAGUUUGGAUUCGGGGCGUCCGGAGCAGGAGCCAACGCCGCAUCCCAAGGAAUGGGAGGAGGAUUCCCUGGUAUGGGCGGUGGCAUGAGUUCCUCAAAUGCCAACGCCGGUGCACAAGGUUUCGGAAUGGGCGGUGGAUUCCCCGGAAUGGGUGGCGGCAUGGGAGCAUCGUCCGCAAACGCUGGUGCCGCUUCGCAGGGAUUCGGAAUGGGCGGACCUUUCGGAGGCAUGGGUAUGGGCGGUUCGGCGGCCAAUGCUGGAGCGCAAGGUAUGGGCCAGGGAUUCGGUGGAUAAGUUGUAGUGUAUGAUUCAAGUUUACACGCGAUGUUCAAAUUAGUUUUAUUUUAAAGACUGUGUAUUUAUUUAGCAAACUUACAAACAACGUGAGAAUUGAUUGAUUGACCUGAAUGUAUUUUUCUAGAGUAACAAAUAAAAGAAAU